GGUCCCGGUCCCUCCCGCCGGGGGGGCGGCCGCUGGGAGCCGGGCGCUCCGGUACCGGCACCGACCCCGGUACCGGCACCGCCCCCGCGGGACCAUGGUGAGCGCCGGGGGCUCCGCCGCCACUUUCGCUUUCACUUCCCGGUUUGGGGGGGGGGGGCGCGGGACGGACCGCCACGGUGGGAGACGGGACCCCCCCCCCCCCCGGGAGGUUUAGGGAGGGAGGGGGUGGGUGCCGGUGCCCCCGGGCUCUUCCCGCUGGCGGGUGGGACGCGGCCUCGGCCGGGGAAAGGGGGGGGGGUGGGUGUGUGUGUGACCCCCCGGGGACUUUCCGUGUCCCUGUGUGUCGUUGUUCCCGACCCCGGGAUCCCCGCGUGUCCCAGCCCUGCCACCCCCCUGCGUGCCCCCGACCUCACAGUCCCCGUCUGCCCCGUCCCUGUGUCCCCAGCUGUCCCCAUGGUGCCACUUCCCCGGGGUGCCCCUGGUCCCCCCUCCUCACAGUGCCUGUGCCCCCCCCCCCCCCCCACUGUGCCCUUGUCCCCAUUGUCCCCCUUACCCCAGGCCACUCUUGCCCUAUGUCCCCACAGACCCUCAUGGCUCCAGUCACCCUAUUGUUCCCCUUGUCCCCCCCUCCCGGGGGUGCCCGGGUGUCCCCCCCGUGUCCCCAGGCGGGGUUGGCGCAGUGCCAGCGCGAGGCUGAGGAGGUGACGGAGCUGAUGAAGCAGAACUUCGCCCGGGCGCUGGAGCGGGACGGGCGCCUCGGCGACCUCGACAGCCGGGCCCAGGAGCUGCGCGCCAUGGGCGAAACCUUCACCCGCAGCACGCGGGCGGUGGCACGGCAGCAGCGCAGGGGACACCGGCGCUGGCGCCUGGCGGCCAUCGGCCUUGCCGCCCUCUUCCUCCUCCUCCUGCUCCUCCUCGCCCUCGGCCUCACCCUGUGGCUGCCACGGCCACCCCCCGCCAUCGUCACUGUCACCGUCCCCCCCAGCACCCCUCCCAGCAGGUACUGAGCCCCUGGUGCCACAGGGAGCCUGACAGGACUUGGGGAGACCCUACAAUAACAAACCGGCGGGAGCAGCUGUGAGGAGACCCCAAGAUAACAGAGCAGCAGGACGAUCGAUCUCUGGGGAGACCCUACAAUAAAUAAGCACCAGGAUCUGCUUCGGGGAAGACCCUACAAUAACAAACCAGCAGGAUGAUCUUCAGGGAGACCCUACAAUAACAAGCGUGCUGGACCCUAUGAUAAAUAGGUGCCACAACCUGCUUUGGGGAGACCCUACAAUAACAAACCAGCAGGACCCUCUCCGGGAAGACCCGACAACAACAGCUCUGUGGGAUCUACUUCAGGGAGACCCUACAAUAACAAACCACAGCGCCUUGCUCCCAGGAGACCCUACAAUAACAAAGGGCCCUGAUUCAGGGAGACCCUAACACAAUAAACCAGCACUUUGAGGAGACCCUACCAUAA